AUGAAGCGUCAUCGCGUCGGAAUGCCAAGAAAAGACAAUAAAGUCCGCCCUCAAGAGUCGAGCGAAUCACCAUGUAAAGAUUCAUCUGAAAAGAGCGACACUGAAGACGAGGUCACACCACCAGACACUCCUCCGGCCCGGAAAAUCCUUAGAAGACUAUUGGAAACCGAAGUACAAAAGGCAAUGCAAGAGCUAGACGAGGAAUUACCCUCCGUAACGACAAGAAAAGAACACCGUGCAGCCUCACUUAUUCCAGAAUUCGACCCCGAUAAUGAAGAAUGUAGUACCGCAACAGCGUGGCUCAAGAAAAUAGAUCAACUAGGCGAAAUUCAUGGCUGGAGCGAAACUACAAAGUCGUUUUACUUACAGCAUAGACUAAGAGGUCAAGCCAGACGAUGGUACAAUCGGCUUGAUGACUACGAUUAUUCCUGGCAAGAAUGGAAGCAGAUGCUGACGCGUGCUUUUCCCAAACAUCGCGAUUUCGGGAACAUGUUAGAAGAGAUGAUGAGCCGAAAGAAACUACCAACGGAAUCGAUGACGAAAUACUACCAAGACAAAGUGGCCAUGUGCUUCCGGUGUAAGUUGUCUGACAGCGCAACAGUCUCCUGCAUCAUUCGUGGUCUACCAUCAUCACUUCAAGCGAAUGCGAGAGCAUAUCAGUGCGAGCAUCCCGAAGAAUUAUAUGAAGGCUUUCUCUGUGCGCUGGAUGAUUAUCAACCGCUGUCAACGUCAAUUAGAACACGUGUGCAAAGUAAAGACGCUUACGAUCGACAGGUAAUUGAUAAAAAAUACAUGCCUAUUAACCCUGACAUUGACCCGUGUCCGCGCUGUAAGAAGACCGGCCACAUAUUACGUAACUGCCCGUAUCCAGAUUCACGAACAUGCUUCAAAUGUGGCAAGCAAGGCCACAUUGCUACGCGCUGCGGAAUCACUCCGAAACCUGCGCUACUGGCUGAUGAUAAAGUUAAAGAAAUUAAACUUUUACAAAAUCACAACAAGAUUUACGAAAAAACGGUAAAGAUCAAUGGCAUUCACGUUAAAUCUUAUAUUGAUACCGGCAGCCAAGUAAAUGUAUUAUCUACCCACGUGUCGAGACUAUUGGAUCUCAAAAUCAACCCGACCAGCACUAUCCUAAAGGGAUUCUCUGGAGACCAUCUAUCCAGCUGCGGAGAGGUAGGUUUUAAACUAGAAAUCGAUGGUAUACAUAUCCCGUGCAAGGCUCAUUUAACAGACGUGGAUAUGGGGAACAUCCAUCUUUUGGUUCGACAGCCCAUCAUCAACAGCGACGGAAUGGUCUUAGAGGUCAGGGAAGGAAAAGCCACUCUCAAACAAGAUACCGACUUUACAAGGCAAAUGGAUGUGAUUGAAGAGCGCGCUCGCUUUAAGGUCGUCACUACAGAGAAAGAGCGUCUAUUGCCUGGACUUUCCAUCAUCAAGGUCAACGUGAUAGAUAAUGAUGAAGAUAACGAUGUCGUCACUACGCCGCAACAUUAUGAGCUACGAGGUGUUUCGUACUCAAUUCCUGCCACUCUGCUACGAGGCACCGUCGCGUACAUCAAAGUCAUCAACAAUGGAGCUCAAAACAUCAUCUGGGAGCAAGGCGAGGUGCUGACCAGAGCAGAUAGCUGCGUCACCGCACCGCAACCAGAAGUUCAGGUUAGCCUUAAAAAUUACACUUUGCCAUCGACUUCCGUAGCCAAAGCCAAUAAUGAUUAUUAUAGCAACUCUAUAGCAUCUCUGUUGCAUACUAGCCUAGCAAACGUUAGCACUAUUGGGGGAAUAAACAUAGAAGAUAUUAAGUCGGGUCCAUUAAAUAAAAAUGAUCAUGAUAGUUUAAUUACUUUAUUGACUAAUUACAGUGACUGUUUUGCGAAUAAAACACAAGACUUGGGAUGUACAGAUUUAUUAAAAAUGAAAAUAAAAUUGACAACUGAACAACCUAUAUACCGCCAACCCUACCGCUUGUCACAUAGUAAGCAGGAGAUAGUUAGGUCUAAAGUCUCUGAAUUAUUAGACGCAGGUAUAAUCCGAGAGUCCGAGUCAUGUUUUGCUUCUCCAGUUAUCAUUGUAAAGAAAAAGAACGGCGAUAGUAGACUCUGUGUUGACUAUCGAGCACUUAAUGCUAUUACAGUCAAAGAUAGGUAUCCGUUGCCCAAUAUCAAUGAUCAGGUUUCAAAGUUAGCCGGCAAGAAUUUCUUCACAAGUCUUGAUUUAGCACAAAGUUACCAUCAGGUUAAAAUUGAUCCGGAAGACAUACACAAAACCGCUUUUAUCACACCACAGGGGCACUUUGAAUAUACGCGUGUCCCAUUUGGCCUGGCUAAUGCACCAUCUGUUUUUAUGCGACUUAUAAACAAAAUCGUAGAUUCAUUACGAAAUUCCAAUAACUUUUCAAAAGACGGUAGUACGAAAACUUGCAAUAAUUUUUCGAACAACUAUGAAGUGUUAGCGUUUUUAGAUGAUUUGUUGUUUCCAUCUUUCGAUGGGCUUAGAUAUUUUAGAGAAGGUACUUCAUAA